AACUUCAAACGCAGCUCUUUCCUGUCUUCGCGUCGAGGAAGAGUUGCGCGCCAGGCUGUGGUGAGAGCCCCGAGACACCAGGCCUUCGGGCGGCAGAGCUGCUGGGGGUCCUCGGCCUUCUGCCCUGCCCUGCCACCCUGGCCACCCCAGGGGACUCUAGAGUGCCUGGUGGAGGGAGGCCCUGUGCCCCCGGGUGUGAACCGCUGCAUCUCGCCGUGUGUGCAAGGAGGGUGGGGCCGGUGCAGCUCCCAGGCUGGGGCCUCAGCUGCCGGAAGCCAAGUUGACCGUGUGGGUCCCCGUUGUCCAUCUAGAGCCAGCUCUGAGUCGGUGUUGGGGUCCAGAGACCCCACAGUGGCCUGCUUUCCUCUACUUCCGUGUGCACGUCCCCAGGGCGAGGCCCUGGAGCAGGCCAUCCUGAGCCAGGCGCCGCAGGUGGAGAAGCUCAUCGCCACCACGGCGCACCAGCGGAUGCCCUGGUUCCACAGCAGCCUGACGCGCGAGGAGGCCGAGCGCAAGCUCUACUCGGGCGCGCAGACCGACGGCAAGUUCCUGCUGAGGCCCCGGAAGGAGCAGGGCACCUACGCACUGUCCCUGAUCUACGGGAAGACCGUGUACCACUACCUCAUUAGCCAGGACAAGGCCGGCAAGUACUGCAUCCCCGAGGGCACCAAGUUCGACACGCUGUGGCAGCUGGUGGAGUACCUGAAGCUGAAGGCGGACGGGCUCAUCUACUGCCUGAAGGAGGCCUGCCCCAACACCAGCGCCGAGGGGGCCGCCGCUCCCACGCUUCCUGCCCACCCAUCCACCUUCACCCACCCUCAGAGACGGGCGGACACCCUCAACUCCGAUGGAUACACCCCAGAACCAGCGCGCCCGGCCCCUGCGGACGAGCCACGGCCGAUGCCCAUGGACACGAGCGUGUAUGAGAGCCCCUACAGCGACCCCGAGGAGCUGAAGAACAAGAAGCUCUUCCUGAAGCGCGAGAACCUGCUCGUGGCCGACAUUGAACUGGGCUGCGGCAACUUUGGCUCCGUGCGCCAGGGUGUCUACCGCAUGCGCAAGAAGCAGAUCGAUGUGGCCAUCAAGGUGCUGAAGCAGAGCACGGAGAAGGCGGACAAGGACGAGAUGAUGCGGGAGGCGCAGAUCAUGCACCAGCUGGACAACCCCUACAUCGUGCGGCUCAUCGGCGUGUGCCAGGCGGAGGCGCUCAUGCUGGUCAUGGAGAUGGCGGGCGGCGGCCCGCUGCACAAGUUCCUGGUCGGAAAGAAGGAGGAGGUCCCCGUGAGCAACGUGGCCGAGCUCCUGCACCAGGUGUCCAUGGGGAUGAAGUACCUGGAGGAGAAGAACUUCGUGCACCGCGACCUGGCGGCCCGCAACGUCCUGCUGGUCAACCGGCACUACGCCAAGAUCAGUGACUUCGGCCUCUCCAAGGCCUUGGGCGCCGACGACAGCUACUACACGGCCCGCUCGGCUGGGAAGUGGCCCCUCAAGUGGUACGCGCCCGAGUGCAUCAACUUCCGCAAGUUCUCCAGCCGCAGCGACGUGUGGAGCUACGGGGUCACCAUGUGGGAGGCCUUCUCCUACGGCCAGAAGCCUUACAAGAAGAUGAAGGGCCCCGAGGUGCUGGAGUUCAUCAAGCAGGGCAAGCGGAUGGAGUGCCCGCCCGAGUGCCCGCCCGAGAUGUACGCGCUCAUGAGCGACUGCUGGAUCUACAAGUGGGAGGACCGCCCUGACUUCCAGACGGUGGAGCAGCGCAUGCGGACCUAUUACUACAGCCUGGCAAGCAGGGCCGAGGGGUCCCCGCAGUGCGCACAGGGGCCCGAGGCUGCGUGCGUCUGAGCCCUGGCCACGGGGAGCCUGGGACCCCAGCCUGACCUUGGUCCUCUGCCAAGGCUCCCUGGUCCCCUGGGCCUGGGGCAGGUGGGCCGAGGCGGGCCAGUCCUGGGCUGAGGGGCUGCCCCAGGACUCUGGCUCUGGCGCCCGAGGCUGUCUAGGCUUCAGUCACUGGAAUAAACUCGGCUUCUCUCCUGCCUGAGCCCCUCGUCUUUCUGGGGUGAGGCCGGCGCGGGUGCGCUGGGUGGUCACAGAAGUGGACCAGAAGUGCCCCGUGCCCCGAAGCACUUCUCCUCUUGUGGGAAAGAUGUGGCUGACUGUUCCCCCUUCUCUGCAUGGAGGGCACCUUCCGGACAGAGCAGGGGAACUGAGACCAGGUGUGUGGGGGGCAAAGGGCUGCGUGCACUGCCUCAGUUUCCCUGAGUCGCCUAGCUACCUGCUCAGCUGCUCCCACUUUCUUCGCUGGCCUUAGUCACAGCCGGGGUCUUUGUCACCUGCUGCUCCAAGUGUCUGCUCAGCCCUGCUCAGAACAGUCCCCAAGUCUUGCUGCCUCGGUUUCCCCACAUGGGAAUUGGGUUGUUGGAGGGCAGGACCCAACGGAGGACUGCAGGGCAGCCAGGACCCUGCAUUGCCUUUCUGAGCAGCCCCGUCGCACGCUGGGACUGGCUCCGUCCCCAGUGCCUCGGAAGGCCUCCUCCAGGGGACAGCACGUGACCCACCAGCAGCCAAUGACAGGCGAGGAGCUUCGCCGGGGAUUCUUUUUAUUUGUGGUGGGAAGCCAGGAGACCCAGAAGCCUGAGCUGGUUUGUGGGACCGCAGGGGAGGGAUAGGGGGCAGAGCUUGAGGCCCAAGUGUGUGGCUACAGAGAAGAGACCUCGAGCCCUGGGGACAUGUGAAUAUGUUGUGAAGCCAGGAGGUCAACCCAGCAUAGACUUUAUUCUGACCUCACCAUUUAUUAUUGGAUUUUAGUAAUUUAAAUGUCAGUUUAAUUUAGCAUAUUUUGUUACUUUUCUUUCAAUGACCUUCGUGUUCUCCAUGGAAGCCGAUUAAGAGCCCCAGUUCUAGGGACCAGGGCAGGCGCUCAGUGACGCCGCUAUGUACAUGGGGUGUCUGGGGUGCUUGGGGUGUUUGAGGGUCUGCAAACCCUGCCAGGCCCGGCUGCUGGGUCACAGACCACAGAGCACAGUUAAUUGCGAAGACAAAAUCAUAGAACUGAGACUGCUUCAAGUCUGUCAUUGUUUGUGAUCUCUUGGCAGUUUAUGUGAUUAAAAUUUAAUAUACCCACGCCUAAAUGUUAAAUGCAAACAUUGUUUUUGAAUUACCUGUGUUAAAAUGAAUAAAUAAAGGAAAGUCACACCAGUGGUGUGAUUUAAUGGCUUUCUGAAUUCUACUGUUUGCGGAUGGAUCAGUUUGAUUAAAAUUCUCUUGUAACUGGAAA